AUGUCUAAUCUCCUUGACUACCGCCUCCUCUCCUUCGACGUCUACGGAACGUUAAUCGACUGGGAAUCCGGCGUCUGGAACGCCUUCCAGCCCGCACUUGCGAAGAAUGGCAAUCCCCCAAUCACCAAAGACCAAUAUCUGCAUGUCUACCACGAACUCGAGAAACAACAGCAAUCUCAGACACCAGACAUGCCCUAUUCCCGCCUCCUCACCACAAUUCACCCCCUCCUAACCGAACGCCUCGGCCUCAACUCACCAACCUCGGAAGAAAGCCACAUCUUCGGCGAGUCAGUCGGCCAUUGGCCAGCGUUCCCGGAUACUGUGGAGGCACUCAAGCGCCUGAGCAAGCACUACAAGCUUGUCGUGCUCUCGAACGUCGACCGGGAGUCAUUUGCCAAAACCAACGCGGGCAGUUUGCAGGGUUUCCCGUUUGAUCUAGUGAUUACAGCGCAGGACGUAGGCUCGUAUAAGCCCAACCUGGAGAAUUUCAGGUAUAUGUUAAGGUCCGUUAAAGAAGCUUUCGGCGUGGAGCCGGAGCAAGUGCUACAGACGGCACAAAGCCAGUUUCACGAUCAUCAUCCGGCUAAGAGGAUGGGGCUGAAGUCGGUUUGGAUUGAGAGGCCGGGGGCUACGAUGGGCAAUUUGAGUGAGGCUGUCUACGACUGGAGGUUCAGCACUUUGGGUGAUAUGGCAGAUGCAGUCGAGAAGCAGUAG